AUGGUGAGAUAUUACUACGGCGAGGCUGCUGGGAUCACGGAGGACAACUCAGACGCCCCUGAAGCUUCAGCCUCCGGUUUGACCUCAGAGACAAGAGAGGACAGUGGAGGGACGGCCGCAGCGUCUGGAGGAAGACUGUACAGGCUGCUUGGCGUGAGCUUUGGGCUGCUCUGUAUCUUACAAGCUGUUCUCAACGUUUCUCUGCGCCUCACUCUCUAUGUUGACACCAGCUGCAAAGCCGUGACUGAAGAGAGAGACUGGUUGGAGACGAGGCUAAGUAAUAUCGAUCAACACGCCCUGCAAGGAUGGUUGUACUUCAACAACAGCUUGUACUACUUUUCUUCAGCCAGGAAAACCUGGAACGACAGUAGACAAGACUGUCAGAGCAGAGGUGCCGACCUGGUGAUUAUCAACAGCAGAGAGGAACAGGAGUUCACAGGGCAGCUCAAGAAGCUGACUUGGAUUGGACUGACUGACAGCGAGACAGAGGGAAUAUGGAAAUGGGUGGAUGGGACACCGCUGACCACCAGCUACUGGGGCCCUGGGGAGCCUAACAGUGAUGGAGGCAAAAAUGAAGACUGUGGAGAAAUCAAGUUCCAUGAUAGGAAAAACAGCUGGAAUGAUGAAUCAUGUGGCAGUUCAAACUUCUGGAUCUGUGAGAAGCCGGCCGACCCAUAACUCAGAAUCUGAACCUGCUGGAGGACAGGAAGAUAAGAUGCAUCUGUUGUUUCCAACCGGACUGUGAAUGCAUCGCUGAAACGCUGAGGCUGCCGUCGGAAAAAUGGCUCAUUAGAGACAUGCAAUGGCAUAAAUGCAUAUAAUCGUACAUUCAUGUGCACAAACAUACACACAC